AUGUCGGAUGAGGAAAUCAGCGAAGUCGGUAUCGUUAAGGUGCACAGACAGGGUGAUCCGAAAGCUAAAAGAAGUUUUCCCAGACCUGCAUUUGUGCAGUUUCAAGACAUUUACCAAAAGGAGAAGAUCAUGAAAAAUAUUCCUAAACUCAAAAUCAAAGGUGUUUCCAUUAGGAUUUCCAACCAUUAUCCCGAAAAGAUGAGAGAAAAACGGAAACGACUCUAUGAUCUACAGAACAGCUACAGGGAAAGAAUAUUCCUACAACGAUCAAAGGUGACAAGCUGGUCUUCAACAAUAAUGGAUCAGUGUACCGUGAAAAUAAUUGGCAGACCGAAAGCAUUCGACAUUCUUGAAGAUCCCAGCGACAAUAACGCGUCCAAAAUCCAUCAAGUAAACAAAUAG